CACAAUAUCCAACGAAUGUCAAUUCGAUUAAUAUACGUGUUAUAUAUCAAUUCCUAAAUAUAAUAGAUUUCCAGCGAUCUGCUUAAAGCAACAACCAUGUAAUAUGUUUGCUUUAAGGUAUUCAGAUGAUAAGUUCAUGCACUAGUUAUUGAUUAUCCUACCAAUAAGGAAGUUAAAAUACGGUUGGGUUAAUGUUUAAGAUUUAUAGUGUAGAUAUAUGAACGUAGCGGAUUAAGUUGCUAUUGUAAACAAAUUUUGUUUUUGACUGAUAAAGAUAGGGUUGUCAUGUAGGGUAGUUAAACUGGGUUAACAAAAUGGCGACUGGAGGAGUGAAAGAGACAGACAGACUUUCCGAUGAAACUUUUGAUUUACUGUGCUCGGUGUGUAAAAAGAAAAACAAAAAUACAGAAGCUGCCAAGUUCUGUGUGGAUUGUCAAGAUUAUUAUUGUUCAACUUGUGUGAAGUUUCAUGAUGACGUUCCUGCUUUAUCCAGACACAAGAUUCUCGAUAGGGGACAGUUCCAACCAGGGCCUGGCCAGGUGCUACAAAUAGUUCCUACUGAACGCUGUGACAAGCACAGUCAUAAACAUGUAGACAUGUAUUGUCAGAACCAUGACGAUGUUGGCUGUUCUACGUGUAUGGCGGUUGAUCAUAAACAUUGUCGAGAUACUUUCUAUAUACCAGACUUUCUGCAAAACAACAAAGGCACAUCAGCAUCUAAGGUUAUAAAUCAGAAACUAGAAACCACAGAGAAACUGUUGAAAGACCAACAUGAAAUUUUCAAACAAGAGAAAAAACGCCUAUUGAAAAGUAAAGACGUCUGUCUGGAGGAGAUAAAAGAAUAUAGAAAAGAUAUCAACCAAAGGCUUGAUGUGCUGGAGCAGAACUCUGUAAAAGCUGUAGAAGCAAAAUACAAACCAAAGCUGGACAAACUAGAUGAACAAAUGGCCAACAAUCAGAAAACAAAGGUGAAAAUAUCAUCAGCUAAAGAUAACUUAUUAAAUGCGGGUAAUAAUGAAUCACAGAUGUUUGUCAGCACAAAGAAAGGCAAAAAUGUUGCCGAUAAUGCAAUCAAAUUCAUUGCUGAAAUAAAAGAGGAAAUAAAGGGAGAGGAUAUAAAAUUUAUAACAGAACCAAAUCUAAUGUCUAUGUUAAGAGAACUAGAUCUUUUAGGACAUUUAGAGGAGAUCGAUACCUGGACACAGUCUAAAAAUGAAUGUAAUAAUGAUAGUAAAACACAUCAAAGUACACAAAGUAACAGUAAGAAACAAGCUUCCAGAGCUACACAAAACGUAGUAGAGAGUUAUAUCGAGACACAGUCUACAGAUGAACAUAGUAAUAACAGUAAAACACAUCAAAGAAGCAGUAAGAAGCAAGCUGCUAGUGCUACACAAAAAGCAGAAGAGAGCACUACCAGGCUGAAGUCUUAUGAUGGAUAUGAUAAUGAUAGUCAAAAGUAUCAAAGUACACAAAGCAGUAUAAUGCAAGCUGUUAGUGCUACACAAAAAGCAGAAGAGAGUGCUACCAGGCUGAAGUCUUAUGACGGAUAUAAUAAUGAAAGUCAAAAGUAUCAAAGUACUCAAAGUAGCAGUAAGAAGCAAGCUGCCAGUACUACACAAAAAGCAGAAGAGAGUGCUACCAGGCUGAAGUCUUAUGACGGAUAUAAUAAUGAUAGUCAAAAGUAUCAAAGUACUCAAAGUAAAAUGCAAGCUGUUUGUGCUACGCAAACAGUUUCCAAUGCUUUAAUGAAUGUCAAAAACAAGAAGCAAUAUAACAUAAGAAUACCGUCAGACAAAAAGGAGUGUAAUAUUUUCAGUGUCUGUGACCUUGAUGAUGGAACAAUAAUGCUAGCUGACUAUGGCAACAGUAAACUGAAACAUGUGGACAGUUCAACAUACACUGUCACUGACUACUGUGAUGUAUCUGGUAAUCUAUACAAAGUAUGUAAGAUCAGUAACCAGGAAGUUGCUGUCAGCUGUGGUGGUAGCUUUUACAUUCAGUUUGUUUCACUUGGAAGUAAAAUGGUACCAACCAAACGGAUAAAAACUGACCAUUGGUGUUAUGGUCUAGCUUAUGCUGCUGGACAUUUGUAUAUUUCAGACGGUCCAUCAGUAAACAUAUAUACUGUAUCAGGCAGCGUGCUGCAGCAGUUCAACACGGACGAGUCUGGACAGAGACUGUUCUCCGCCACCUACAGUCUAGCUGUCAGUAACGAUGGUUCCAAGAUUUAUGUUGCUGACAGGUACUCUGGACUGAUCUCACUGGACAGAAAUGGAAAGCUUCUUGGAAAAUAUAAUGGACCAGAGUUGAAACAUGCAAGGGAUGUUUGUAUAACUAAUAAUGGAAGUGUGCUUGUGUGUGGGUCUGGAUCUAAGAAUGUUUUACAGUUUACACCAGACUGUAAGAAGAUAGGGGAAGUAUUGAAAUGUGAUGCUGAUUGCAGGGCUGUCUGCUAUGAUCCUAAACAGAGCAAACUUAUUGUUGGUUGUUUUAAAAAGGACAUUAUUGAUGUGUAUGAUGUUGUUUAGCUAGAGUUAAACACCUCAAACAAAAUGAUCCACUUGUCUACUUCAGACAUUAAUCAGCAAAUUUCAUUUUUACCAGUAAAGACAGGAACUGUUCUCCGAUACCUAAGAUUUACUACAAAAAAUUUGAACUUUGUCGUUUUAGAUUCAUGAAUACAGGGUCCCUGUCUAUAAGGGCCAUGCCGACCUAAACAAAUACAUACAGAAAUGGAAAAGUUCUUGGAAACUUUUAUGGACUAAAGUUAAAACAUGCAGGAACUGUUCUCCGCUACCUACAGUCUAUCUGUCAGUAACAACAGAGCAAACUUAUUGUUGGCUGUUGACUGAAUUCAGGACUACACUGAUGUGUACAAGUUUGUUUAACUAGAGACUAACAUAUCAAACACAAUAUAAAUUUUAAUAAAAUCAGCCUAUUUCAUAUUACAGAAUAGUCUAACUUCAUUUUUUUUCAAAAAAUGUUUCAGCAAAUGAGAAAUAUUAUAAAAACUCAAUGCAUGUUAAUGCUAAGUUUGCUCCUAUAUCAGAAUAUUUUUGAGUUUCAGUUUUACAGAAGUUAGGGAUGUGCUGUAAAAAUGACUGUAUUUUCAUGCUAUUACAUACAAUAUAUAACAUGAACAUUUUUAUACCAAUUCAGACAAUAUGACAACAAAGACUGUCAUGAGACAGCCAGUCUGACUAACUCGAUGCUGGAUAGUACAAUAGAGUAUAUAAUAUUUAAGGGGGAAAAAAGAGAAAUUAUUUUAGAGUUUUUCAUAACAGACACAGCUUUUAUCAAUAAUCAUAAGCAACAUUCAGACAUUAAUAAGAACUUGAUUGUAAUAAUUACAUAUUUUCUGUAAUGUGUAGUAGGCCUAUGCAAUUUCAGUUAAGUUGCAUAUAAAAAGCUGAUUUAGUUCAAGGUAAACAAGAGCUGUCCGUAAGACAGCUAAGCUCGACUAUUCAAAAUAUUGUCCCAGAAGCAGGAAAAUAUUACCCAAAAUGUUAAAUACCAAAAGAGUAUUAAGUUCAAAAGGGGACAUAAUUUGACCAAAAUGUAUAUCAGAGUUAUGGGACUUGAUGCUAUCAACUAGUUUUAUAACCCCGAACGCACAUGUGAAGUUUCAAUUCACUAUCUGCAUUAGUUUUGGAGAUAGUAACUUGCAUGUAAAACUUUAACUUGCAUGUAAAACUUUAACCAGAAUUUUUUAAGUCCAAAAGGGGGCAUAAUUUGCCAAAAAUACAUGUCAGAGUUGACCCAGUGAGGUUGGUAACUGAUCUAGAAAAUGAAAAAAUAAGUUUCAAAUCUAUAUGCCUUUAAGUAAUAGCUGUAUGUACUUGCACGCAAAACUUUAACCAGGAUUUUCUAAGUCCAAAGGGGGUAUAAUUUGGCUCAAAUGAAGGUCACAGUUAUGGGACUUGAUGCUUUCAACUAGUUUUAUAACCCCAAAGACACAAGUGAAGUUUCAAUUCAAUAUCUGCAUUAGCUUUGGAGAUAGUAACUUGCAUGUAAAACUGUAACCAGGAUUUUCUAAGUCCAAAAUGGGGCAUAAUAUGCCCAAAAUACAUGUCCGAAUUAUCGGACUUGACCCAGUGAAGUUGGUAAUUGAUCUAGAAAAAGAAAAAUUAAGUUUCAAAUCUAUAUGCCUUUUGGUAAUAGCUGUAUGUACUUGCACGCAAAACUUUAACCAGGAUUUUUUAAUACAAAGGGGCCAUAAUUUGGCCUUAAAUGCAGGUCGGAGUUAUGGGACUUGAUGCUAUCAACUAGUUUUAUAACCCUGAAGACAGAUAUUAAGUUUAAAUUCAAUAUCUGCAUUAGUUUUGGAGAUAGUAACUUGCAUGUAAAACUUUAACCAGAAUUUUCUUAGUCCAAAAGGGGGCAUAAUUUGCCCAAAAUACAUGUCAGAGUUAUGGAACUUGACCCAGUGAGGUUGGUUAUUGAUCUAGAAAAAGAAAUAAUAAGUUUCAAAGCUAUAUGCCUUUUGGUAAUAGCUGUAUGUAUUUGCAAGCAAAACUUUAACCAGAAUUUUCUAAGUCCAAAAGGGGGCAUAAUUUAGCCAAAAUGAAGGUCAGAGUUAUGGGACUUGGUGCUAUCAACUAGUUUUGUAACCCUGAAGACACAAUCAUGUGAAGUUUCAAUUCAAUAUCUGCACUAGUUUUGGAGAUAGUAACAUGCAUGUAAAACUUUAACCAGAAUUUUCUAAGUCCAAAAGGGGGCAUAAUCUGCUCAAAAUACAUGUCAGAGUUAUGGAACUUGACCCAGUGAGGUUGGUAAUUGAUGUAGAAAAAGAAAAAAUAAGUUUCAAAGCUAUAUGCCUUUAAAUGAUAGCUGUAUGUAUGUACUGCCGAUGCCAGGGCGAGUAAAAUAAUUAUAAAAAUGCAAAAUUAAGAAAAUAUUGAUGACAGUGUUACAAAAAUUCUUAAAUAAAUGACGGUUUUGAUAUUAAACAAAAUUUUAACCAGAAGUAAAUGCACAGAGUAAUUUCAGUACAAGUGGAAGUACACACAAUUUUAGUAGUUGUAAAUUGGGCAGAAAUCAUGGAGUAUUGCAGUCUGUAACAUAUGGUGAGAAUGAUGUUAAUGAACAGGUAUUCUACUUUUUUUAGUUUUAUUUGUUGGGUGGAGGAGAAAGGGGCUAUUUUCAUAUCACUUCUUUACUGACAGUUCCAAGGCAUUGCCCCUAUUUUCAACUUGCAUUUUAUCUGUUUCGUUUUUUAUGUUACGUAUAUUGUCUUGUAGUUAGGUGGGUGUUUCUUCCAUUCAUCCCCUCUCCCGUAUUUAAUGCCUUCUCCUGUUUACUAACCCUUUCCCAGCUCCCCUUUUUACCCUAUCCCCAGGUAUUUGUUGAUGGAUAUUUGAAACAACCAGUCUUUAAUAUUUCUACUUGUGGUUGGCCUAUGUUGCAGCAUGUGGCUCUAGGUAUAUUUGCUAUACAGUCUCCCAUAUUCCUUUAGUAAAGGUUUUCAUAAAUAUUUUUAUGAAUAUGUAUUUAAAUAUAUUGUGUCAUAAAACUUCAGAUUUUAAUCCAUAUUGUAUUGUAUUUGUAUUUGUAUUUGUAUUUGUAUGUAGCUUAACAAUUGUGGUGACUGUAAAAGGUCUCUCUAUU